AUCGGUGGUGGAGGGAGAGGUGUUGACGGGAAUUCCUGGAAAAAAAAUAGUACGGAGUAUAAUAAAAAUAAUAAGAAAUGCCUUCGCACGCGGAUCUAGAUCGGCAGAUCGAGCAGUUGAUGGAUUGCAAGCCGCUGACGGAGGCGGAGGUGAAGACGCUGUGUGAUCAGGCGAGGGCGAUUCUGGUGGAGGAGUGGAAUGUCCAGCCGGUGAAAUGUCCGGUCACCGUCUGCGGAGACAUUCAUGGGCAGUUCUACGAUCUGAUCGAGCUUUUUAGGAUAGGCGGCAAAUCUCCUGACACCAACUACCUUUUCAUGGGAGAUUAUGUUGGUGAGUUUCGGAUAUCCUAUCUCGGAUUUUCAAGAUUUUGACGGUUGUAUUUAGUAGGGUACUAAAUGUUGGAGCUGUGUACAUAAUAGGUAAGAGAACUGUGUGAACUGUGAAGUGGUUUGGAUUUGCUGAGUCAUAUGAGAAAUGAUCCCUUGGAUUGAUGUGAAUAUAUUCAUCUUUGUAAUCUGAAGUUGAUAGCGUGAAAAAAGAUGACAACUUAGCAAAUAAGAUUAUAAGAACUUCUGAAAGUUUCAGAAGUGUAGUUUUCCUGAAUUGGAAUGUGAUCAUUUUUUUUAUUCCAUGUACAUCUAUGCUGUGAGUGGGAGCUCCUAUGAGGAUACAAGCAUGUUAUGGCUAAAAGUUGAGGAUGCUUUAGACGUACUAUCACCGAGAUAACAUACAGUGUUUGGAUGAUGGUCUGGUACUGUGACUUAUGGCAGGAUGUUUACACUGGUGGAUGAGUUGAAUGAUGUAUCUUCAUAAACAAGGCGCUAAUUUUACUAUGAGCAGGCAAUGUUUGACCAAGAAAAAUGAUUGCUAAAUAUUUUGCUAGGAUUCCAUCAUUUGGUUGUGUACUGCUGACCUUGAUGUGUAUGUCUCAAGACCGUGGGUACUAUUCAGUGGAGACUGUUACCCUUUUAGUUGCUCUGAAAGUACGCUACAGAGAUAGGAUUACAAUUCUUAGGGGAAAUCAUGAAAGCCGGCAAAUCACCCAAGUUUAUGGUUUCUAUGAUGAAUGCUUGAGGAAGUACGGAAAUGCAAACGUUUGGAAGUUUUUCACUGAUCUCUUCGAUUAUCUACCUCUGACAGCACUUAUUGAGAGUCAGAUAUUCUGUUUGCAUGGAGGACUUUCACCAUCUCUGGAUACCCUUGAUAAUAUCCGAGCUCUGGAUCGUAUACAAGAGGUCCCCCAUGAAGGUCCAAUGUGCGAUCUGUUAUGGUCAGACCCGGAUGAUCGGUGUGGCUGGGGAAUAUCUCCCAGAGGAGCUGGCUACACCUUCGGACAAGAUAUAGCUUCUCAGUUCAACCACACCAAUGGGCUCACACUCAUUUCAAGAGCUCAUCAGCUUGUUAUGGAGGGCUAUAACUGGUGUCAGGAUAAGAAUGUGGUGACGGUAUUCAGCGCUCCAAACUAUUGUUACCGGUGUGGCAACAUGGCUGCCAUUCUAGAAGUCGGGGAAAACAUGGAACAAAAUUUCCUUCAGUUUGAUCCUGCUCCUCGGCAGAUUGAGCCGGACACUACAAGGAAGACUCCAGAUUAUUUUUUGUGAUUAUCUUUGUUAGUGCUUGCCGUGUCAUUGUUUGUAGUUUUCAGUGUUAAUGCCAACUUGUAGAGCUAGAGCUAUUUACAAGUUUUCCUUUUGUUCUGUUAAUUCAUACCCACCCAUAUAAACUCUUUGUUGUUGUUGUUCUU